AGCGUCCUUCCAGCCGACCGGAAGGUGUGCGCAGGAGCGGGGUGACGACUGACUUCACAUCUGAUUGGCUGUCUCGAAAAAAUGAAACCUCCUUGUGGUCCCGGUUGACACCUACGAGAAGAUGGGGCGGGACCCGGUGGGGGGAGGAGGCGGAGCCUGUGGGCUUUGGGCGCGAGCUGUUGAAAGGCAGUUGGUGUGGGUUCCGUUGCCUGGUCCGGCCCGGCCGCCCCGGCCCAGCUCCAUGGCUGACCCGGAGGAGUUUCGGGCUUCGCCGCCGCCGCCUCCUCCCUCGUCUCCGUCUUCAGGCGCCUCUUCGUCGUCACUCAGCAUGCCAGUGAGUUUGGGCUGGCGAAGUCCCAGGCGAAGCCACGCCCCAUCGGUGGACCCUCUGGAGCAAGUGGAGCUGCAGAUCGGAGACGCGGCAUUUUCAUUAACUAAACUUCUUGAAGCCACAUCUGCGGUAUCGGCUCAGGUGGAAGAGCUUGCCCUGAAGUGUACAGAAAAUGCACGUUUCCUUAAGACGUGGCGGGACCUCCUGAAAGAAGGCUAUGAUUCCUUGAAACCCGACAACUGACUCACAGAUGUUGUCGGUUAAUGACUCACACAUAAGAUAUUUGCACAUGGACCACAUUUAUGGGGCUGCCUGUCUCCAGACAUUUAGACUGAGAGUGAAGUUUUUCUUGAUAUUUUUGACUUCGGAGAGAGCAAAAUACUGAAGGCUUGUUUGUUUCUUUUCUCUGUUAUGACAGUGUUUACCUUACAUACUUUCUGCCCUCUACACUUUUGUAGAUUCCUUUAUGGAAGCUAAUUCCAUCAGUAAGUAAUGGAUUUUAUUAGUGCCUUGGUGCAACCAAAUCAUUACUUGGUAUUUGAGAAGACGCCAAAGUUAGCUGAGUUUGGAGUUGAUCUUGGUUUGUUCCCUAAGGCAGUUGAUGACUUCAGGUGGUGGGUCCAGCUCUAGGAUACCUACUCUGAAGCCAGUGAUGACGCUUUAUUUACUUCCUUAUCUCAGCACCCAAAAGCCAUGUCACGAAACACUCAUGUCUGGGACUAAGACUUGAUGAAUGUAAUUAGAAGCUAUGUUUGCUUCCUAUUUUCUGGGGAUGAGAAAUAAUUGUUUCUCUAAGAAAACUGUAUGAACCUAGACUUCAUUGGCUUGAAGGAAAAGUAUUCUAUUUUUAUGGGAAUUUGAGGGUUUUUUUUUUUUUUUCUGUCUUGAGACAAUCUCGCUGUGAAGCCCAGGCUUAGUCUCUUUGAUAGCAGGACUACUGGUGUGCAACAACAUACCCAGUCUAGGGUUUCCAAUCUUAAUGAUGACUUUAAAAAAUUAUUUUCCCAUUCUGCAAUCCCAUUUUUAAAAAGCUUUUACUUCAUAAAGUGGAAACUUUUAUAGAAUACAUACUUUUGUCUACUUUUAUAGUUAGUUGCUUUCAUAGUUAAUAUCUCUCGUGUUAGUGGUCUAUAUGCUUGAUUGCUGUCUUUGAAAUACCUUAUCAAAUUUAUGGUUACCUGGCACUAAUGGAGCUUUGCAAGUUAUUUAUAUUGUUCUAAAGUUAGUUUGUUUCCAGUGUGUCAAAUUUAACUGUUUCAAUGGGGUUCUUAUCAGUUGACCUUACUGUUAGGGUUCUAAUUUACCUGUGCUGUAUUUUAUGUAAUUUGUGCCAUCAAGUCAUGUACUAACUUGAUACAUAUGACCUUUAAGUAUCUUUGAUGUGAUGUCUGUGUAGGUAACGUGAUGUAAACAGAAUUUUAUUAAGUCUCACAGUGGAGCUGUGAUAGGGGACAAAUGGAUGGGCAAAGACUAGUUUCAACAUAGUCAUAGUUAAUUUUUUUAAAAAUUCUUUUUAGUUAAGAUCACACAACAUGUAUGGUGUAAUUUUUUACCAAAGAGAUGCGUAUUAUUCAUGUAUGAGAGAAAUAUUUAUAUAUUCUGAGAAUUGCAAUUUGAAAGUAUAUAAAAAUAAAUGCAUUUCAAAUAAA